CCAGCUGUUUUUAAACAUCUUGCGAUAUGAAGAUGCUAUUUGCAGCAGUCCUGAUGUCCAGUGUGUCUGUAGGUAGGUCCAAUCCCAGACAGUUACUCCGUCCGUCGGUAAUACAAUGUCCUAUUCAGGACUUCCUUCACCUGGACGAUCAUAUUCAACCUACUUAUGAAACAGUAACUCCUGAGUUCAAACCUUUCACAAUAUAAGUGUAUUAUUACAAAUUGGGCAACUACAAAAAUUACAGGAUGCAGGGCCAAAUUGUAAGGAUUUCACAGAAGUGGCUCGCAGCUCAUCACGAAUGUUAAAAAAAACGACAAAGACAAAUAUUUAACUAUAUAAAGUGUUAGAUAAUACGGCGCAUGGCUCGGUGGCUCGUCAGUCGAGGUUACUGAUUCUCGAAGACCGAGAAAGUUCAAUAUUUUAGUGACUCUCUAUUUGGGACUGCCGAGUCACCGAGCCACUUGCUGGUUUAUGUAGUCAUUUUAUGUACUUUUAUUUAACUGACGAGCAACCCUGUCACUCGAAAGUACAAUAUAUAAUUCUAAAAGAGUCUCCCUUUAUUCUGUAGUUAUGCAAAUAGCUUUUGGAUCAGUUUUGUAAAGCCAGUAAUUUGUAUCUAUAUCAGAGCUGAUCGAUUCCAUCUACUCUGAUCAUUUUUGUUGUUUUUUAGACUGGUACCAUCGCGAUACCAGAGACUUUUUAUGUGCGGUUUCCGGUUUCCGUGAAGUCAACUUCGUUAUAACGAAGGGCCAUUGGGUUGGCGAAAUAUUUUCGCUACAUCGAGGCUUUCGUUAUUAGUUCUUUUCCAUGUAAUUUGCUAUUACUGGGGUGAAGAAUUCCGCGUUUGUUAUACCGAGGACAUCGUUAUGAUAGGUUCGUCAUAUCGAGGUUCCAUCUAGGUUUUCGAGGCGGCGGUCUUUCUGCGAGUUAAACGUUCAGUUUUUGUUUUGUUUUUUUAGCCAUGUUGAAUUCGAGUUUCGAAUAUUGGCACACUUUUUCAUCAAACGAACCUAACUCUAAUUUGGGUCGAUCUUAUUUUAGUUAAGAUCGUCUUCUAGGUCAGACUUCGAACACAAGACGCGUCAGACCAAUAAGCUGGAUCGUGCCAAAGAAAAAAAGUUUAACAUGAAUUUUCUCCUGGCUCAAACAAGGCUAAGAAUAAAUUAUCAAACAAAUUUUCAAUUUGUUAGUUUAGUACGUCGCGUGUGGAGAUCGACCGUUUGUCCCGGAGACGAUCUUCGGACGUUCUAUCCACCUGAAGCAGAAGGAUAGAACGUGUUGGACGAUCCAAACUCUUUCAAACGAACCAAACUGAGCCAGACCUCGAACGUUUCAUGGACUUAAUUCACUAAGUUUGGUUCGUCUCAUGGAAACUUCGACGUUUGUUUGCACCAGGCUAGGCCUAAAGCUACAUGCAAACGGACGCAACAACUCCUAACAUUGUUGAGCUAACAAUGUUGGGGGGAGUUGCUGCGUCCGUUCGUUGGCAGUGGUGUGCUCUCGGCCAAUGAAAAGGAAGAAAAAUUUGCAACGAAUGAUAAAGGCUAUUAUUAUUAGUAUAAUUAUUAUUAUUAUUAUCAUUAUCAUUAUAUUAUUAUCAUUAUCAUAUAUAUCUUUUUAUUUCAUUGUUAUUAUUAUUAUUUUUUGUUUGUUUUUAGCAGUUGAAAGAAACUUUUGAAUUUUAGAGGUUGGCAGUUUUUUUUAUUGAAAUGAAAUGUUUUUAAUUCGAAUAAAUUUUUCUUAAUUAAAUUAACUCUUUUUAAGCUAAAUUAGGUGCUUUUGAAAUCGACAGGAAUUGUAAAUAGUGUUUUUGAAUGAAUAGUUUUUUCUUUUUUUUUUUUUCAAGCGAAUUAAUUGUAAAUAGGAUUUUAAUAGUUAGCAUUGUUGUCAAUAAAAAUAUUUUAUUAUUAUUAUCAUUAUUAUUAUUAUUAUUGUUCUUAUUAUUAUUAUUAUUUUAAAGUCUUGCUCUGGGUUUCAUCGCUGUCAAAGAGAUAUCAUUUGAUGCCAUGACAUUUUUUUUUCAGCUUUUGGGCUCAAAUGCUACAGUUGCGCCAGUGUUAAAAGCAUGGACGAGUGUCAAGCUACCCAGGAUAAAGCAAACUGCAGUUCAUCUUUGAUUGAUCCGCGUUGUUCAAAAGAGUCAUACGAGUAUAAAAACGCCACUGACAUAAAAACGCACACGAAAGGAUGUAAAUCCAAAGCCUACUGCGAAUCGGAGGCGGGAAAAAGUGUAUGUAAAGAAGCCAACGGAGAGAAAUGUGAAUCGAGUUGCUGUGAAGGAGAUCUCUGCAACACUAGCCUCGUUCCCGCGAGUCGAUCAGCCAGUAUGAUUCUAUGUAACCAAGUUUUUCCCCUCUUAUUUUCCUAUGUUUUUAUUUGUUUUGCAUAGUUAUAAUAUCUUUUGUCUAUCUUAGUUGAUUACACACCGCGGUGUUUAUUAAAUUUUAAGGAUUUCUGAUGCGAAAGGCA